AUGAGUAUCAACUUUAAAUUUAAUGGUAAACAAGUUCAAUGUAAAAACAAUGAUAAAUUUGCAGAUAUAUUUGAUGAGUAUAUAAGUAAAGGAAAAUUUUAAGAUUAAAUUUGGAUUUUAAAUGCUCAAGUAUUAUCAGGAAUUUUAAAAAAUACUAAGAUCAUUGCUUAUGUCAAAGAAGAUUGCAAUCUUGAAUGCUAUGUAUUCAUUUCAUUUAUUAUUUUAGCCAAAAACACAUCCUAUAGGUCUAAACCCAUGUCCACAUCCCAUAGAUCUAAAAACAUGUCCAUGUCCAUGUCCUUUUCCAAUAAAUCUAAAUCCUUAACCAAUAUAAUCAGAUCCUAAGCAAAGAAUAUAAAUUGAUGAUAGAACUGGCGAAGAAUAAACUGAGUAUUUAUUGAAUAUUUUACAUUAGGUUUAAGAUUGUGAAAGAAUAUAAAGUUUAAAUAAAAGAUUAUGGAAAAACUGUUAUUUUAGAAAAAGUAGAUGGAUCAUUUUAAGUUAUAUUUUUAGAAGAAAAUGCUUCAGAAGUAUUUAUAAUUAAUAAUAUAUAAGAAAGAACAAAAUAAUAUUAUGUUAUAACCACAGGAUGUAAUUAUAUCACCUGAAUAUUAACUUAAGUUAAGUAUGGGAUAAGAUUAAAAAUAAUUUACCAAGAUUCUUUUUUUGAAAGAUUUCAAAGGAAUUGCUAUUAAAUGGGUAACUGGACUUUAAACUAAAUUUGAAUUUUAAUUAGAUAAUUGA